UUUCACUGAAAUCAAUGUGUUUUGAAUUUUGGUAAACAUUUUGUGAUUUAGUUUUUGGUUUUGUGUUUAUAAUUGAAUUUAGUUUUGCGUUGAAAGACACACAUCUUUGGAUCAAUUAGUGAUAUCUGGAGUCGAGAGAUGUCUAAAAACGCGGAUUUGAUUGAUAUUUGUAACACUGUUUCGAAAUGGAUCAAUAGAUCACUUAUACCAGAGCCAGACAUCACUGGUUUGGCCGACAUUUGCGAUCUCAACAAAUACGACGAGAAGUAUUCAGCGGAAGAUCUGAAGACUGUUGUGGACACGGCUUUCAAACAGAAGUCACAACAAUUUAAUAAUGAAACGGAACUGCAGUUUGAAAACUACGAGAAUCUGUUGAGUUUGGUAAUAAUGGUGGCCAAACACGGGUCCUGUUCUGGCGGUCUUCCGAUUAAUCUGUUGGCCGACAUCUUUGACUGCCGGACAUUAGAUGAAUGCCAACAACUGUUUAUAUUGAUUGAGAACAAAGUGGACGUCUGGAAAGAGGAGUGUUUCUUCAAGAACGUGAAGAACCAGUUGUUGAGGUCGUGUAACGAUCUCUUGAGACGUCUUUCCCGCUCUCAGAACACUGUGUUUUGCGGUCGUAUUCUUGUAUUUUUGGCCCGAUUUUUCCCACUCUUCGAGCGCUCGGGUCUGAACUUGAAUUCAGACUUUAAUCACGAAAACGCCACCACU